AUGCCUGCACAAGAGCACGCUAAGCUACCUGCGUGGAGAUCCAGUCCUGCGGCCACGGCUGGGGACAGCGCCCAGAGUCACGGAUCUUUGUGGGGCCGGGGAGCGGGCGCUGAUAGCCACAGACAGGGGCAUCCCCAGCGCGUGUGCGGGGGUUGUGUGGAGGCAGGCAGCAGGGAGAGACCAUCUCGGUGGCAGGGGUACUGCGAAGCGGAAACCACUGCGCUGGGCGCGGGGGGAAAGCUGGGGAAGAGAUCGCUUCAGUGCGGCGAGAGGACGGGAAGGGAGGCCGCGCGGCUGCAGCGAGCCGCGGGUGUGCGGAGACACUUGUCUUUCUCGCUGAGUCAAGGGCGGGGACUGCUCUCGGUGCCCCUCCCCCCGGGCGCAGCCCAGAGUUGGCCCUGGGGACACAGCUGUGAGCCAGCGUGGCCCACAACGGCAGCCAUUGUGUGGUGGCUUCUUCCAAGGAAUGUUCCUACCUUCAAACUUAAACUCCCUGACAAAGCUCUGGGGCACUGCUUUCCGGGGGGCAGUGGUGAUCCCACGGUUCGGCCGCUUCUGGGGAUCCAGCAUUUGGAACAGGUUUUAAAGACAGCAGGGUCGGGACUGUCAGAGGCGGCGGCCCCGGCGCAACAGCCAAAAGCAUCUUCACAUAAGACGCACAAGGACCAUGUCCGUCAAGGCCAAGAUCUUGUGCCCAACUCUGAAGUCCAUCCCAGGGGUAGAGGUGUGAUGCAAAGUGCUCAGACAUUACGCGUGUGUACCUGGAACAGCCUGAGCCGGGGCCUCGGAGGAUUUGGAUCCGCAGCGCAGGAGCCUCAUCUUCCGUCUGAAACGGGAAGGGGAACCGCUGGAUGUGAAGAGCGUGACUCUGAGUCAAGACUCAGCUCAAACCUGGGAGCGGGGGCAUCUAUCAGCCUGGAUCCUCCUCCUCCCGAGCCAUCUCCACUCUCCGCUGUGGGGCCAGAGACUCCUCAGCCAGGAGGGCUGAUGGCCGAGCACAUCUGCAGGCAGAAGGUGCUCUGGGCUCUUGGUACCCCCUGCAAGAGGAGGAAGGGACUUCAUGCCCUGAACGGAGCUCAGCUGAGCAGCCAGCAGGCUGAAAAAGCUUUGCUGCAGAAUUCCGACCUCCUCGAGAUAAGCUCAGAGCCCCACCCUUCUCCAACCUCAGCGGGGCCAGCACUUCUGUUAUCAGUGGCGAGUGCGGGCUCUGACAAGUGGUGA